UUUGACAUUUGACAGUAGUUUUCUUUUUCUUUCAUUUUAAACUUUCAACAACGAAGAAAUAAACGUCACUUCAUCUAAGUUUUGUCUUCUCAACUUGAAAUUUUUGGCAGAACAUUUUCAAGUCCAUCAAUUUCUACUGGAACACAAAUCUUAGCGAUUCAAAAAAAUAAAUAAAAAUCAGAUCAAUUAAUUAUUAUUGUAAUCUCAGUGUGUGUGAAAGAUUUUGUUGAAGAAUUGUUCAUGCAAUGUGGAUUCAGAAUUGAUGAAUAUUGCCUGAAGGAAACAUGGUUGAAAUUCUAAGAAAGAGUAGAAGUGGUAAGAAAUCAUUCGAAAGCAAAGACGUGAUCAGCAGCUUACCUGAUGACAUAUUAGGUCGAAUUCUAUCUUUCCUUCCUACUAAAAAUGCUGUGGCUACUACUGCUGUUUCAUCUAGGUGGAAGAACCUUUAUAAACUUUGUACUAGUCUCGAUUUUGAUGAUUCGGUUUCUGUUCCUGUUAGUAGUCGAGAUGAUUUAGGAAAUGCAAGAAGGGAUAUGGUUAGUUUUAAGAGAUUUGUGAAAGAGAUGUUGACACAAUUCAACAAGUCAGAUAUUACUAAGUUUCGGCUUAAAUGUGGGAAUGAUAUAGAGUAUAGUUUGUUGUAUGAAUGGAUCAGGGCUGCCUUUUUACAUAAAGUUGUUCAACUUGAAUUAUCAAUUGAUAUGCCAAUGUCUUGUGUGCUACAAGUAUCUCAAUUAACAUGUCAGAAUUUGGUAGUCUUGAACUUGGAUUGUAAAUUCAUACUGCGUGUCCCUAGAUCGGUAACAUUCCCUAGUCUAAAAGUCCUCUUCUUUAAAGAAGUUAAGUUCCAUGGAAAUAGAUCGAUUCGUUUUAUUGCAGAUUCUGAAGUAUUUAGUUUGGAUUAUACUGAUCUUAAUGGGAUUUUGGAUGGGUGUCCACUACUUGAAGAGUUGGUGAUAGACGGUUGUGAUUGGAACGGUGGUGAUCUUUACUUCUCUAAUCCCUUGCUUAAACGCUUGACACUAAAUGAUGGAUUGACUGGACCUAUUGAUCAGCUUAAUGGUUCUAUGGUUCACAUUGACUUGCCAAGUUUAGUCUACUUUUAUUACUCUCAAUGCUUAGCUGAGUGGUAUGAUUUCAGGAAUAUGAAAUCUCUUUUAGAGGCUCACCUAGUCAUUUGUUUUAAUGAUGAUGACUACGAAGAUGAACAAGAUCUUUGCAAUGUUAUUCUUGAUCUUAUAAAUGGGGUGUGUUGUUGUCGAUCCUUGCACUUGUCCAGCCAAUGCUUGGAGGCUCUCACAAGUGGUGAUUUUGAAAUGUAUAUGCCUAUCUUUCGCAAUAUGACUCGAUUAUACCUCACUCUUAGCCAAGGAGUAAGUUGGUGUGAAGUAUUGUUGGCCUUUCUAUAUAAAUCUCCUUGUCUGGAAUCUCUUACGUUGGUGCAGGGAGGUGGGGGAUGUUGCUCCAGUCAACUUGAUGGAAAUUUCUUACUAAGAGCUAAAACAGUGCCUUCUUGUGUUCAAUCCCAAUUGAAAUAUGUUUACAUGGAAUAUUUCAGAGGAUAUAAAGAAGAGAUAAGUAUGGUGAAAUAUUUCCUUGAGAAUGCUCAUGUUUUGGAGAAGAUGGUGAUACAAUGGGAUCAAUUACUAAGGAAAGGGGACUUUGUUGAAACAAUAGAGAACAUAUCGGAGUUGCCAAAGUCCUGCUUAAUUGUAUUUGAGUGAUGCAGAGUUUUCCCCUAGUCCGGAUUUGGUUGUCACGACUCACGUACAUUGGUGCUUGAUAGUGAAACUGUGACAACUAUGGCAGUCAAUUUUUUGUUGUGGUUAGUGUGCUCUUAUUUACUAAGUGCAAGUGGUUGCAGUGUUUUGUCACAAAAUCAGUGCAUAAACAUUGUAACAACUUACCAUGAUGUUGUGAGCUCGGAUUUGUUUCUUCCUUUAGUCAAGAGUUCUUUCAAUGUAAUACGUUGCAGUCAUAUCCGAGGGCUGUUUGUUAUAACUAGUGGUACAAUGUUUUGAUGCAUAGUGCAAUCGCAUUGGAUGUUCUUGUAACUUGCAAGUACUGGUACAAUGUUCCGAUUUAUAAUGCAAUUACGUUGGAUGUCCAUGUAACUUGAAGUAUUUUAUGGAAAUGGCUGUUCAGAUGUCUUAUAGUAGUA